AGUAACUUGUUUACAAAGUUGAGGAAUGACUGGCUUUAAAAAUUACACUUCACAAUGAGUUUUCGGUUUUAUUUGAGACAAUUUGAUAUCUUCUCUAAAUCACGAUUCACACCAUAAAUAUCAAUUCGUUGGCUCGUUUUACACUACUUGUGUGAAGACCAAGACCAAGAUGGUGCUCUCAAUGGCAAAAUGGGUCGGGAAAGUGGCAAUAGUGAGCGGUGCCAGUUCAGGAAUCGGUGCUGCCAUAGCCGCCCAACUCGUCGAACACGGUGUUUUCGUGGUUGGGGCCGCUCGUCGUUCCGACCUUGUCGAAGACCAUGCCAAAAAACUCUCGGGCAAAAAGGGGAAACUCCACGCCAUCAAAGCUGAUUUUACUAAAGAAGAAGACAUUUUGCGAGUUUUCGAAUGGACUGGCAAAAAUCUCGGUCCAGUCCACAUCCUCAUCAAUAACGCUGGAAUAACGCGAGACUCGUCUCUAACCGGGGGAAAAACCGAAGACUGGAAAGCAGUUUUCGAUUUAAACGUUUUAGGUUUGAGUAUUGCGACAAGAGAAGCAGUAAAAGUCAUGAAAGCCAAUCAAAUAAACGGCCAUAUUGUCCAUAUUAAUAGUGAUUUGGGGCAUAAAAUAUUUUCGGGGGCUUCUAUUAAUGUUUAUGGAGCUUCAAAAUAUGCAGUGACGGCGCUGACAGAGACUUUGAGACAAGAGUUGAACACUUUGGGUCUUAAAAUUAAAAUUACCAGUAUUAGUCCGGGUUUAGUAGAAUCAGAAUUGACAACGUUGAGGAAAGAUCAACCACCACAGAGAAAAGCAUAUCUUGAAAAAAUGCCUAUUUUGAAAGCUGGGGAUAUUGCAGAUGGGGUUAUUUAUGCGCUGUCUACUCCAGAACAUGUUCAAGUCCAUGAACUUACAAUAAAGCCAGUCGGUGAAAUAAAUUAAACUUUCUAACAAUUUUACGUUCAAAAAAUUAUUUAUUUACUUGUGCGUUUUUUUAAGUUUCGUUACAAGAAAAAAUAUUGAUAAUAAAAAUAAUAACAAUAA